AUGCCCUCUUGUAUGUCGGCACGACAGAGGAGACCAAUCAAACAGACACUCAGUGGAUUCGACAUUGCAAUUGUAUCGCUCGCUCAAUUGGUCAACUUACAGACUGGAAUCAGAGUGCUCAGUCUGCCACAGCCAACGGAUAUACCGAGACCUGGAACUCCGGUUUUCAUUGUUGGUUAUGGAAGGGAUGAUAACGACCGUGAUCCACAACGUAAAAAUGGUGGAAUUUUAAAGAAAGGUCGAGCGACUAUAAUGGAAUGCCGACACGCGACCAAUGGCGAUCCUAUUUGUGUGAAAUCAGGACAGAAUUUCGGACAGUUACCCGCUCCAGGUGACAGUGGUGGACCUCUCCUUCCAUCCCCUCAAGGUCCAGUACUCGGUGUCGUAUCACAUGGUGUCACACUGCCAAACCUUCCCGAUAUCAUUGUCGAGUAUGCCAGUGUGGCUAGAAUGUUGGAUUUUGUACGCUCCAAUAUUUGA